AAAAAUAAAAUGCAUACAACAGUAACAACAACAACAGCGACAACAAAAAAAUUGUCAUUAAUAUGCAACGCGCUGCUGCCAGAGCUGAAAAGUGUUGUUGGCGGUGAGAGAGGAUUGAACGAAGAGGCGCUUAUCGGUCAUUUAUAUCGAAAGUACUUUCAACAGAAAGUGUGCUGUGCGACUAUUUCGCAAAAAGCGGGCAGUGUCGAUUUUCAACGCCAAUUGCAGUUGCGUACCAAUCUGAAAGAGCAAAUAACGGUGAACGCAAAUGAUAUAUGGAUUUUCGGUUAUGGUUCCCUGAUAUGGAAGGCUGAUUUUCCGUAUAUCGAUCGACGACGCGGCUAUAUUAGCGGCUAUCAAAGACGUUUCUAUCAACAUAGCAUUGAUCAUCGCGGCACUCAUACCAAACCCGGACGUGUAGUCACGCUCUUGCCCACAGCUGAUAGCAAUGAUCGUGUUUAUGGUGUAGCGUAUCGCAUCGCCGCACACAUGACAGUCGAUGUGCUGAGUCAUUUGGAUUAUCGCGAGCAGAACGGCUACGAACGGUGCACGCUGAGUUUUCAAGAAUUUCCUGAAGCCACUGGCGCUCAGUUCGAUGUCAUCAUGUACAUUGCGACGAAAGAUAAUGUAUCGUACGCAGGUGAUGUUUGGCAAUUAACGCGUAUUGCUGAGCAAAUCUUCACCUCAGCUGGACCGAGCGGCACUAAUCGUGAAUAUCUUUUCAAUUUGGCGUUGGCUGUGCGGUUUAUGUUUCCAGGCGUAAAUGAUGCGCAUUUAUUCGAGCUGGAAGCUGAAGUGUUGAAACUCAUACAAAAUGUUGAAGUUGUGACACUUGAAAAAGCAUUGAGUAGGGAAAUCUGUGACGUAUUAGCGCAGAUUGACGAGAUUGCCAAUGAUGAUGAGGGCAAUAGUGCGCUUGAAAUGGAUAAUACAAUAGCAGAAUUUCAAAAACUGGUAGAAAAGUGCACAGCAACAGGUUGGAAAGAGCAUUUGUUGGCAAAGAAAUUGGGUAGUAGAUAACAUCAGGGUUGAAGGAGAAAAGAUAAUAACUCGGUAAAUGCAGUGAAAAAUUCGUUCCAUGAUUGAAUAAUGCAAUCAGUCUCAUUAAAAAAAAGUUUUUAAUAAUAUAAUAAUUUUUUUGCCUUGAAAUUGU